CAAUUUAAUUUUUUAGAAAAAAAAGUUUCUGAACACAUACUAUUUUCUUUAUACAAUUUCUCUGAAACCUUCAUAAAUAAAAGCUAUAUUGUCUAAUUCGAAUUUGUUACCUUACAAGGUUAUUACUUCUCAAGAAAGCCAUGUAUAGGAAAAAAUAAUUUUUAACUUAGCUCAAAAAUAAGCUGGCGUUAGCAUUUUCUCUUGUGAUUCAAUUCAUUCAAAAGAAGUGUGUGGCUAAAUUAAAAUGGUGCUGCUAAGCAAAAAAAAGCGUCAGAAAAAAGUGAAAGAGAAAAAAAUAUAUAUAAAAAAGACCACCAAAGUUGAUACUUUUUUCACCAAGUCAAGAAUAAUGGAUAAUGCAGUUCUAUUAAUAGAAUUGCAGUCUCAUUUAGAAGCAAACAACAACAUAGAUACUUUGUUAUAUACUAAUGUUAUAAUUGCUGAUAAGCAAAUUAAUUAUCAAACCAACGAAGAACAUCAGGGCACAUAUCAAACCAAUAUAGGAUUGUGAAAAAGUGUUUUUAAAGAUGUGUAAGAGUACUUCAUCAGGAAAGGAAAUGCUGAAAGUCAAAAUAUAACCAAUAAUUUUGAAAAGUCAAAAUGGGUAUAUGAUAAUCUAAAUCGGGUUCAUUAUUGUUUAUCUGCAUUAUUCACACGGAUAUAUCAUCUAACUAACGAAAAAUCCAUCUGUACCUCGCUUUGUUAUUCCCCAACAAAUGAAAAGAUAUACUGUUUUAUUUGUAAGCUUCUCUUAUCUACUCAAACAGAUUUAUGUCAUGGGUUCAAUGAUUGCUGUUUGCUGUUUCGAGGUCAUGUAAAAAAGUUUGUUUAACAUGAAAAUGGUAAUUACAUGGGUAUUUCAGAGGUAGUGGAAAAGUAUGAUCCAAUUUUAGCAAUUCAUAUAGAAAAAAAAGGAAAGACACGGUGGGGAAAUGUGUCAUACUUGUCAUCGACUAUUUGUGAAGAACUUAUUGCUUUAAUGGGGCAAGCAGUGAUAAAUUUUAUAGUUAAUGAAAUAAAGGAAGCAAAAUAUUACAGUGUUUCAAUUGACUCAACACCUGAUAUAUCACAUGUUGACUAAUUGUCUGUUACAGCUCGAUGAUAAUGGUAUAGAUAUCGAUAACUGUCGUGGUCAGACCUAUGACAAUGCUUCAAAUAUGUCUGAUCAAUAUAAUGGAGUUCGAGCAAAUAUUCAAACGGAUAGCGGUUCUGAUUGGGAUAGUUUUUCUGGGAGUGAGGAGAAUCAUAGUAACAGUAAAGCAAAGAAAACAAACCAUUUAUCACAAGAAAUUAUUAAUGGUAAGCCUGAAUACAUCAAUGUGAAAUCCACUGAAGAUUCUCAAGUAGGAUAUAAUGCCAAGCAUAAAGAAAGUCAACAUGUCAAAUUAAAACAAUCCUUUUCUCAAGAAAAUGUCCCAUUUACUGUUUUCAAAGCAGAUAACACUUCUAUGAAAAAAGAUAAGAAAACUCCUCAUACAAAGAUAAAAAAAUCCUAUGUUGCAACUGAAUGUGUUGACUCUGAUUUAAAUCAUUAUGAUGAUAUCACUGAAAAUAUAUUGGUUAACAAUAAUGCUAUUUUGGAAAAAAAAUUGCAAAAAGAUGAACAGAUAAAUGAAUGUGUUAAAAAAGAAGAAAACAAUGAUGGUAAAAAUUUCGAAUUGCAGAAUAAAGAAUUAAUAAAAGAAAAAACAUCAAUAACCAUUCAAAAAACAUAUUAUUAUGAAAAGAGCAACUAUGAUUAUCAUGCUGUGUUAGUACCCAAUGAUGCUUUUAUGCCAAAAAUUGCUGACAAAAUGGAACUACACAGUAGGCGUAUUUGGCAGGAGUUUUUUGGUUUUGUGCGAAUUCUUAUUGACUUUAUAUUACUAUUUGUUCUUGAGCUAACAGCAUUCUUAUUCCGUUCUAUAAUCCAGAGGGUCAUUGUAGGAAUAAUUUAUAUCAUUGGAGAUUGGUUGAUUAAGCCUGUGUUUUCAGCUUCAUUCAAUGCAUUAAUACAGCCAAUAUUUGUCCUUGUUUGGAAUUUAACUUCAGAACUGAGGCAAGCCACUUUACCUUUUAGCAAUUUAUUAUUAGACAUGAUAAAACCAUUUGCAAAGUUGUUAAAAUCUUUUCGUUUAUUCGAAUAUCGGGUAAUAAAUUGUGAAAAUAAUUUAGUGAAAGAAUUAUAAUUAUACUCAUUCUAAUUUAUAAAUUGUUUAUGAAUCGUAGUCUUGUAUACAUAAAUAUAAAAUUAAAAUUUGUUAAGUA